AUGAGUCUUCACAAGCGUGGGGCGAGUGACGCUGGUCAGCCAACAGCCAAAUCUGGUCGUAUCAAAACUUCUGACUCUCAACCUGAUCAGGAGAUUGCCAUGUCUACCGACCUCCCAGAAGCCUGUGGCGACUUCAAGAUUGAGGUCAAGCUUAGGUCCAAGUCCAAGGCUGCGAGAAAUGACCCAGAACUCACAAUACCCCAACGUGAGCUGUACCAAAAAGUCCUCUUGGAGAAGUCAAACGGAGGUCCACCUACUCUAGAACAUCGAUUUGCAGCUUCCCUGGCAGUCCAUGGUCCUAGCCUGGAUCCUGGUCAAGACCAAUCCGAUGACGAGCCACAACCCACCCCCGACAUUGAACAUGUUGAUAGGAGUCAACGAGACGAUCUUGUAUUGAGCCAGCGCGGUGAGCAGAGCAAAAGUAAUGCCGAAAAUGAAAAUGACGACGACCAAGAUGACGACGAUAAAGGUGAGAUGGAUUUCGAAGGUGACUACUAUGAAGAUAACAGUGAGGACGAAUGCCGUUCCGAGUAUGAUGUGGAUUUUGAGUUCAAGUGGCUCGAACCAAUCGAUGUCAAGGCAAUUUCUACAUCAAGACUUGACGAAGAUGGCAAACCAAUGAGGGCUGGAUACUGCAAUGCCAAGUUGAUAAGAAGAGGCCAAAUGCGCGAUGACUUCUAUGGGGAGAUGGAACAGCCUUCAAGGGAGACUUCGAUGCUCGCGUUUGAUCUGUUCGACCGGUACGGCCGACUGAGAUCUGAGUUCAAAACCCAUCCGAUCAUCAAGGGAACUGGUAUCUGGGGUCAGGAACUGGAUGGUGGGGACAUACUGCUCAUUGAAAAGGUCUUUGUCAAGAAUGAGCACCGCAGACAAGGACUUGGGCGAAAGAUGAUUGAGUCGUUGUUGACCCUGGCCCGGGAGAAGACAUGGUCGUUCUUCGCUUUCGCUUGGCCAACCGUCCUGAGAUUGCACGACUUCAGCCAAGAGUACGACAGUUUAGUGGAAGAGGCGGAAAGAGAUCGACUGGAAGAACGCGAGCAUGAUCGAGCUGUUAUGUUCCACAGAUCUUUGGGUUUUCGAAGGGUGGGAUCCACGAUCUGGUUUGCCUUGACUCCCGACGUUGAUCAUCCUUCACGACAGCUCAGCUCAAUGGAGGAUUUCAACCCCUCAGAAGCGCCUCCAACCUCUCUUCAUUGCCUCUUGAGCCCACUUCAGCAAAUUAGUGACCCUCCCCCAUCCGGUUUCGACCGAAUACGAAACCCGCAGCCUCGGGAGUCCCCAGAUUUUCUCAGCGUCCUCCAAAACUGUAUGCAACAAAACGGACUAGCUGACGCCUGCUGGGAGACGAAAGAUAAACAUGGUAACACAGUCCUUCACCUUGCUGCGUCAAUUCUCAGCGUUGCGUGCAUUGAAUGGAUUCUGACCCAGGGCAUCGGAGCUCGGCUUCUUGAAAUGCGCAACAACCGAGGCGAAACCCCUCUCGAGUUAUUGCAAUUCAAACUCGAAAAGCUCCGCACCCAGAAGGUCUUCAAUGACUUAACUGUUCCUGUCUCCGAUGAAUUCGAAGGAUAUAAUGACAGUGCUGUUCGUUGUUUGAUCUUGCUGAAAGGACUGGGCUCUGUGGAGUCUAUCACGGAGCUUCAGGGUCCGGAUGCCCUGCUGCAAAUCGUUGGAGGAUGCACUUGCGGACAAUGUCUUAAGGGGUUUCUGAGUCCUCGGAUGUCGUACGCUCUCCUUUGUCAGGCUGAAAUCGGACACGACAUGAUGGAUGAGGGCAUCAGUCAGUUGCCGGGACCAGACUGGGUUGAAGGUCACAUGCAUAAUCUCGGUGGCUUACCUUCAAAGGUGCUGAAUAACCUCAAAACGAACAAGUCCAUGCGUCAAGGCUUUGUCAACCUCUGGCUACACAUUGCGACCUGUCUGAAGAGCAGGACUGUGCCUACCGCACCCAACGUGUUGGACAUGGUUGAAGACGCUGGAGAGUGGCCACCUGCUACCAAACAUUAUCUCCAAAGAGGCGGUACUGUGGAACCAGUGUUUCUAGCGGUUUGCAGAAAUGCCAUAGAGCAGGAUAAGUGGGCGGGAGAUGGAAAUCACGAGGAAAUCUUCAGCAACGAGAUCUCGAAGCUACCUGAGUGUCGGAAUGACCAUGAGUUUGCUUACGUUAGUGGAAUGUGCGGUUACGAGCGCAUUUCUCUCAGAGGGACGGUGGACAUGAUGGGCAAUGGCUGGGACGAGGUCAGAAACAUUUUCGAUUUGCUAAUAUGA